AUGCAAGGUCUUCCAAUUCUCGUCAAUCAAGGUGGUGCAGCUUGUAGCUGUGGUGAAGCGUAUCCAGAGGGCGCGAAUAAGGAUACUUAUGUUUGCAAGUGUGGUGCUGUGAGUAGUAGAUUUCUAGGUUUUGGGGUUUUAGGGGGGUUUGUGGAGAGUUGGGGGAGGGGAAGGAGAAAAGAGAAGAGAAGGGAUGUGUAG